AUGGCGCUUAUCGGUCAAAUUAAUCGAGAAUCUGAUCAGCCAACAAAAAACGUCAUGAAUAAUCAGCCACACAACGGUCCUCCAAAUUUCGACCGAGAUCGAGAUAUGGAAGAACAACUACGACAACGUGCUUUACAGCAUAAGCAGGAAGAUAUGACGACGCAGCGCGAGCGCGACCUUGAGAGACAAGAAAGAGAUCGGCAACAUAGAGAGCAACAAUACCAGCCAGCACCUCCGCAUCAAAGCAAUGCCGGCAGUAUUCCAUUGCACCAACCCGUAGCAAAUCGGACAACUACCGCUAUGCAUAGUCCAGGAGGAAUUCUUGCUACUCAUGGCACUCCACUAGGAGCUCCAAGUGGACCUGGCAAUGCCUUCGGGGGCCCGCUUCACAAUGAUGCAGCACGCAAUCUGCAACACCAUGCCCAAAACGCCGCUCAACAGCCUCAGCAGCAACACAUCUUCAGCUCGGAACCCAUCUUUAGCCGCGGCUCAGGUGCUCCUCAGUCAAAUGCGCCACUUGGUGUUCCAGGUGUCGCAGACGUUGGAUUCGGCAGGCCUCAGAUAGUGUCACGAGAGACGACACAGCAGGAGGUAGCAGCCGCAAGACUGAUGCCCUUUGGAGGAGGACCUGUGACUCCCGGUCACCAAAUGCCUGGUCCUGCUGGUUUAACACAAGGUGGUCAACAGCCGAUUCUAAAUGAUGCUCUUAGCUACCUCGACCAGGUCAAAGUCCAGUUCGCAGAUCAACCCGACGUUUAUAACCGAUUUCUUGAUAUCAUGAAAGACUUCAAAAGUCAAGCUAUUGAUACUCCCGGUGUUAUUAAUCGAGUAUCCGAACUUUUUGCAGGGCAUCCAAAUUUAAUUCAAGGUUUCAACACAUUUCUACCACCUGGAUACAGAAUCGAGUGCGGUGCCGACAAUAAUCCAAACACAAUUAGAGUCACAACUCCCAUGGGAACAACCGUUCAAUCAAUUCCAGGAGCCGGUCGUGCACUUGGUGAGACUGUAGUUAGCCACGGCAGCGGCGCAAACGGAUUUUACAAUCCUCAACGUCCAUCAACGACUUGGCAGCAACCCCAGCAUAGUAUCGAAAGUCCAGAAGCAGUCUUCAGCCCGCCUCAUCAGAGUGCCGCGAUCCCUUAUGGUCAUAAUCAAACACAAAUUGGAUCAUAUGAAGCACAAGCAGCAGCAGCCGCCGCCGCCGCAGCUCAUCAACAACAACAACGAGGUGUCUCUCAAUUAACGAACGCUGUCAGUGCGACCUUGGGUCAACCACCAAGAAACACCCAGACGCCAACACCUGGCGGUAGCUCUGGUAAUUUGAAUGGUUCUGGUGCGCAGCCGGGCAUGGAAAAGCGCGGUCCGGUUGAGUUUAAUCAUGCAAUAAGUUACGUCAACAAAAUCAAGAAUCGUUUCCAAGAUAAACCCGAAAUAUACAAACAAUUUCUCGAAAUCCUCCAAACAUAUCAACGCGAAUCUAAACCCAUUCAAGACGUUUAUGGUCAAGUAACCACUUUGUUUGGUACUGCACCCGAUCUCCUGGAAGACUUCAAACAAUUUCUUCCUGAAUCAGCUGCGCACGCAAAAGCUGUUGCGAAGGCGGCGGAAGAAGCAACUGCUAUGCCAGAUGCUUCUCAAAGUGCCCAGCUUGGAAACAGAGGUCCUUCGGGAGAUACCAAAUUACCAAUCAUGGGAAAUUUCCCAAUCCCUACACCUACGACUGGCAAGACAGAAAAGAAGCGCAAACCUCUCACUCAAGGAUCUGGUUCGCAGAUGAACAAUGGUGGAGAAAGCUCUGUUCGUGGCGCCGGCACACAACCUAAUAAGCGACCGAAAACCCACCAUAACAAUAAGCCACUUGCUGCCGACGCUGCCGCGGUAUCUCCAACUCUGACGCCCAUUGUACCCGAACCACUUCCUCCUGCGUCUAUGUCCGCCGCUAGUUCUGAAGAAUUAGCCUUCUUUGAUCGUGUAAAGAAAUAUAUCGGCAACAAGUCCACCAUGAACGAGUUUCUGAAGCUCUGCAACCUUUUCUCCCAAGACCUCAUAGAUCGAAAUGUUCUAGUUUUCAAAGAACGAUUGAAGCCUUGCAGUGGUCGGGAUGAGAUGUGCCAUGCUGUGCUCAAUGACGACUGGGCUUCACACCCUACCUGGGCGUCAGAAGAUUCGGGUUUCGUAGCCCACAGAAAGAACAUUUUCGAGGAAGGCCUACACCGCAUUGAAGAAGAACGUCACGACUAUGACUUCAACAUUGAAUGCAACGCCAAAGUAAUACAACUUCUGGAACCAAUUGCCCAGCAAAUCGUUGCUAUGGAUCCAGCCGAGAGACAGAAUUUCCGCAUGCCUAAUACUGCUGGUCCAAACCAAGCCAUUUACAAGCGUGUGUUGAAAAAGAUCUACGGUACCGAAAAAGGUCCACAAGUUGUUUCUGAUCUCAUCCAGGAUCCUUGUGCUGUAUUGCCUGUAAUCUUAGCACGGCUCAAGCAGAAGGAUGAAGAAUGGACUUUUACUAGACGUGAAUGGAAUCCAGUUUGGGGUGCACAAGGUAGUGUCAUGUACUUGAAAAGUCUCGAUCAUAUGGGCAUCCAUGUCAAGCAAGCCGACAAGAAGCAUUUUGCCGCAAAGCAUUUGGUAGAUUCUAUAAAGACGAAGCACGAGGAACAACGUCGUCUUAGAAGUUCUAGAGGUCCCACACCAAAAUACCAGUACUCGUAUCAAUUUGCUGAUCAGGAGGUAAUCGGUCAACUUCUACACGUCAUGAUCGUUUAUGCCUGUAAUGCAAACCAACACAGUAGCUCAGAGCGUCGACGAAUUUCCGACUUCUUCGAGAAGUUCAUAUCUACAUUCUUUGACCUACCUGACGAAUUUGUUGCACGUCAUACCGCUGACAUUGACCGUGGAACUCCUGACGACGAGUACGAAGAUAUUGCACCAGCCGAGCUCUCCAAUGGUCGAGGCAGACGGCCAGUCAAUGGGAAGAAAGCAGACUUACGACGAGGGGUACUUGAUAGAGGUCGAAAUGGAACAAGGGGCCGUGCACAGAAGGAGGAUAGCGCUACCGGCAGCAAAGAAUCUACACCGGAUGUUGAUUCUAACAUUGACGAAGAAGUCGCGGAUGUCACCGACGACAGAACCAUUACUGAAGUCACCAAUGAGCGUUGGGCUGCCGUGCCAGGUGCAGUUGCUGUUCAAGGAACAAAACCUCUCGAAUCCGACGACUUGGAAAUGAAAGCGGAUCAGCCAUUCCAACGUGAUUGGUACAAUUUAUACUGCAAUCAGACCGUGUUUGUAUUCUUCAGUAUCUUCCAAACUCUCUAUCAACGAUUCAAGGAUAUCAAAGAUGCAGAGAGCUCCGCAAGAGCAGAAAUAGAACGUGCAAAGAGUGGCAAGCCUGCGAAACAAAUCGGUCUGCUAAGUGAUAGAAACGAUGAUUUUACAAGUAUUGAAGAUGGCGAGACCUGCUACUCCAAAGUUUUAAACCAUGUCGAAAAAUUCAUCAAAGGCGAGAUUGAAGAAACCAAGUACCAGGACUAUCUCCGGCAUUAUUAUUUGCAGACUGGAUGGAAAAUCUACACCAUUACCGAUCUUCUCAAGAGUCUUUGUCGCCUUGGUUCCAUUUGCUCCUCUCCCGAUUCUAAGGAGAAGACACCGGAUCUCAUUGAUCAAUUCCUCCGGAACAGAGAAUCAAAAGAAACAUCGUAUAACAUUGAGAUAAAUCUACGGAAGCAGGCUGAUAAAUAUAUCAAGGAUUCAGAAUUGUUCUUGAUCAGAUGGUACCCCAAAAAGAGUGAAGCCCACAUCACAAGAAAGGAGCGUUGGCAGUACUAUACAUCUUCUUAUGUCCGCAUUGAACCGACCGAAGGCGUACCCCGCAGGCUUCUUCGCAAGAGCCUCCUAACCCGCAAUUUGCCAUCGGGAGACACAGAUUCGGAGGACGGCUCUAACCAGCGGAAACCCCUUAUUUGGGGCGAAGAUUUAACACUUAGAAUUUGUGUGAAUAGCUACAAGAUCAUCUACAAGGAACCCGGCGUAGAAUACUUCAUAUAUGCUGAUAAGGCUUUAGGAGAUGGUGAGACUAGACAGAGAUUAAAGAAAGUUGAGGAGUCAAGGAAUCAAAGAUUUCAUGAGAAAUUCGGGAUGAACAAUCAAUGGAUGAAGGAAAAGAGCCACGAGGAGGUGAGCAGGAUCAAUCAGGAAUUCAGGAGAUGGGUUAAUGAGGGUGUCCUCCCGUCGGCGCAGGCUACUGGCGCCAGUAUCAGUGCAGCUUCCGGCGCAGCAUUGGCGGCACUGCCUUCAGCUACAGCUGCAGCAGCCGUAGAUAAUGAAGUUGAUAUGGCUGGCUAA